AUGUCUUCAAGCAGGUAUAACAGCAAAAUGUCAAGAAGAACAAGAUCAUCAUCAAGUAGUACUGCAUCUCCUCCACCAACUCUUGAAUUAACAAGAAGACCAAUAGGUAUUAGAAACAAUGAUUGGUUCGAAUCAUCAUCAAUGGCUUCCGUGUAUGAAUCUCCAUCACCAUCACCAGUUGAUCAGGUUUCAAGAAACAGUAUUUCAGAACCAAGAAACAGCGUUUCACGAAUUUCUGAAGAUAUGUCCAAUAGGAGAGGUAGUUGGGAAACAUUUAGUAAUAGUAAUGUAUCUUUUCCUAUUGCGUCAGAAUCACCACCUUCUCCAUCACCUUUACGCAGCACAUCAUCAACAGAAGCGUUACUGGUAUCUUCUUCUACCUCUUCUUUUGCUUCGUCGCUCAUCUCUGCAGACAAGAAUCAGUAUGGGUUUCAUAAUAAUCCAGAAUUAAACCAGCAGAUGAAAACUUGGGUUACCAGUGAUAAAGAUGAUCGCUUUAAUGAAUAUGCAUCAUACAGAAGUAGUGCUAAACAAGAAAUAGUAGAAGAAGAAGAGGAAGAAGAGGAGGAGGAGAAAAAGAUCAUUCCACUAAUUAGGUCAAGUAAAGGUUCUACAGUUUCAGCCAGUAGUUCUUCUACCAAUCCCUUUUACGAGUCGAAUCCAAUGUUGAGCUCUCCAAUGGCAACAGAUCAAAAAAAGGUUGAGGUGAAAUUUGACGACCAGAAGGAAGCUAAAUAUACAGGGAAGGAAUUCUCCUAUGACUUCUUUUCUGCAGUCUGGGGAAGAAAGGUUGAGGUGAAACCUGACUUCUUUUCUCGAAUCUGGAACAGAAAGGUUGAGGUGAAACCUAAAGACCGGAAGGAAGCUAGAUCUGCUGAAUUCAAUAAAAUUUGGAAAAAGAAAGAAGAUUCAAUAGAUGCAAGGCGCUUGAAAGAGGUUGAUUUAGCAAGAAAAUUCCUGAGCGAAACUGAGGAUAAGCUGGAGGAUAAAAGACUCGAAGCCAUGGCGAAAUUAGAAAAGAAACUAGCCAGUGCAGAGAAAAAAGCCAAGAGAGAAACUGAGGUGACAUUUGCUCCUGCAGGGUUGUCUUUUAAUAAAAAAGUUACCUUUCCUGAUAUUUGA